CUCCCGCUCGGCGAAGGAGGCCGCCACCCGGGCGGACUUGUGCCAUGGAAGGAGCGCGGCUGCUGGUGCUGAUGCGUUAGCGGCGCUGCCCCUGCUGCUUGGGAUCCUGCCCGAGAGAGAUCGCGGACGCCGGCGGAGGGAUGAGCGGCAGCGCGGCGCCCCCCGGGCCCGGCUCGGGCUCGGCGCCCUGCCGCUUUGCGCACUACUUCGUGCUGUGCGGGAUCGAUGCCGACAGCGGGCUGGAGCCGGACGAGCUGGCGGUCUUAUACCAGUGGCUAGAAGCCGAUCGUCAUGGCAGGAGCUCAGAUACUGCAAACAGAACAUCAGGAGAAAACUUUGACCAGAGCCCCUUAAGAAGAACUUUCAAGUCCAAAGUCUUGGCUCACUAUCCCCAGAACAUAGAGUGGAACCCCUUUGAUCAAGAUGCAGUCAACAUGUUAUGUAUGCCCAAAGGGCUAUCCUUCAGGACUCAAACCGAUAACAGAGACCCCCAGUUCCACUCGUUCAUCAUUACCCGGGAAGACGGUUCCCGCACUUACGGGUUCGUACUCACCUUUUACGAGGAGGUCACCAGCAAGCAGAUUUGCACAGCUAUGCAGACGCUUUAUCAAAUGCACAACGCAGAGCAAUGCAACAGCGUCUGCGCCUCGUCGUCGUGCAGCAUGGACUCCCUGGCAAGCAGCCUCGACGAAGGUGACUCCACGUCGCUGGCCAAGAUGCAGCGCUACAACUCCUACGAUAUCAACAGGGACACGCUCUACGUCUCCAAGUGCAUUUGCCUCAUUGCUCCCCUUCCUUUCAUGCAAGCCUGCAAGAAAUUCCUCAUCCAGCUUUACAAAGCAGUCACCUCCCAGCAACCUCCACCUUUACCCCUGGAGAGCUACAUCCAUAACAUUCUUUAUGAAGUGCCCCUUCCGCCUCCAGGAAGGUCUCUCAAAUUCUACGGGGUCUAUGAGCCUAUCUUUUGCCAGAGGCCUGGGCCUAAUGAACUCCCGUUAUCCGACUACCCUCUCCGGGAGGCCUUUGAGUUAUUGGGCUUGGAGAACCUCAUCCAGGUUUUUACGUGUGUUCUCCUAGAAAUGCAGAUCCUUCUUUAUUCUCAAGACUACCAGCGUCUGAUGACGGUUGCAGAAGGGAUCACCACGCUGCUGUUCCCAUUUCAGUGGCAACAUGUCUACGUCCCCAUCCUCCCAGCCUCUCUCCUGCACUUCCUCGAUGCUCCUGUACCUUACUUGAUGGGCCUGCAGUCGAAGGAGGGAACAGACCGUUCCAAACUGGAGCUUCCCCAAGAGGCUAACCUCUGCUUCGUGGAUAUCGAUAACCACUUUAUUGAGUUACCAGAGGAACUUCCUCAGUUUCCCAACAAGCCAGAUUUCAUCCAGGAAAUCUCCGAAGUUCUGCUUCAGUUUGGAAUUCCCCUUGAGGGCACCCUCCAUUGUAGCGAGAGUGCCACCAAGUUUAAGAACCUAGUCCUCAAUGACUUGGCCAAUGACAAAAAAAAUGGGAACGUACCAAGCAACACCAUCAACAUGUAUGAGUUGCUCAAGGGCAAUGAGACUAUUGCCCGCCUCCACGCUUUGGCAAAGAGAACAGGGGUGACAGUGGAUAAAAUGAGCAUCAACAUUCCUCUGGAAGAGAAGGAAAGGAAUGUUAAGCUCCAGUGUGAAGACGGGGAGCUGAGGGACUACAAACUGAACGUUCAGCUACGAGAGGUCUUCGCCAACCGCUUCACGCAGAUGUUUUCUGACUAUGAUGCUUUCGUCAUUCAAGCGGCGCAAGACAGGGAAUCGUGGCUGACCAACAGGGAACAGAUGCAAAAUUUUGACAAAGCUUCGUUUCUCUCUGACCAACCUGAGCCUUACCUCCCAUUCCUCUCACACUUCAUUGAAACUCAAAUGUUUGCAACAUUCAUCGACAAUAAAAUUAUGUCCCAUUGGGAAGAAAAAGACCCAUUUUUGCGAGUGUUUGAUUCCCGAAUUGAGAAGAUAAGGCUGUAUAAUGUCCGGGUUCCUUCACUAAGAACGUCUACAUAUCAGAAGUGCAACACACUGAAAGAAGCAGCUCAGGCCAUUGAACAGCGGCUGACGAAGAUUGAUCACACUGCAAUCCAUCCUCAUUUGCUUGAUAUGAAGAUAGGCCAAGGCAAAUAUGAACAGGGCUUCUUCCCUAAGCUUCAGUCAGACGUGCUGGCAGCUGGGCCUACCAACAACAAUCGGUGGGUGAGUCGAAGCGCUACAGCACAGCGCAGGAAAGAUCGCCUCCGGCAACAUUCAGAACACAUUGGUUUGGACAAUGACUUACGAGAGAAGUACAUGCAAGAAGCAAGGACCUUGGGGAAAAAUCUGAGGCAGCCCAAACUCUCCGAUCUUUCUCCUGCUGUCAUUGCUCAAACAAACUGGAAAUUCGUAGAAGGUUUACUCAAAGAAUGUCGAAUGAAGACUAAACGUAUGCUGGUAGAGAAGAUGGGCCAUGAAGCUGUUGAGCUUGGACAUGGAGAGGCCAACAUUACGGGUCUGGAAGAGAAUACGCUCAUCGCUAGCCUUUGUGACUUGCUGGAAAGAAUUUGGAGUCAUGGGCUACUGGUCAAACAGGGGAAAUCUGCAUUGUGGUCCCAUUUAAUUCAGUACCAGGAGAGGGAAGAGAAACAGGAGCAGCUUGCAGAAUCCCCAAUUGCCGUAGGGCCAGAACGAAGGAAGUCUGACACAGGGCUUAUGUUACCUACUCUGAGAGUCUCGCUUAUCAGUGAUAUGAGGCACAUUCAGAACAUGAGUGAAAUUAAGACUGAUGUUGGCCGAGCUCGAGCCUGGAUACGGCUGUCCCUUGAAAAGAAACUUUUGUCUCAGCACCUCAAGCAGCUUCUUUCCAACCAAGCCCUGGCAAAGAAAUUGUACAAGCGUUAUGCCUUUCUGCGCUGCGAAGAGGAGCGGGAACAGUUCCUCUACCACCUCCUCUCGCUCAAUGCUGUGAAUUACUUCUGCUUCACAAGUGUCUUCACCACCAUCGUGAUUCCAUAUAGGACGGUGAUAAUCCCCAUUAAAAAACUCAGCAAUGCAAUCACCACGUCAAACCCAUGGAUUUGUGUUUCGGGAGAACUGGGAGAUACUGGAAUAAUGCAGAUCCCAAAGAACCUUUUAGAAAUGACAUUUGAGUGUCAGAACUUGGGGAAGCUAACUACUGUUCAGAUAGGUCAUGACAACUCAGGACUGUUAGCCAAAUGGCUGGUGGAUUGUGUCAUGGUCAGGAAUGAAAUCACAGGGCACACUUACAAGUUCCCAUGUGGAAGAUGGUUGGGGAAGGGUGUUGAUGAUGGUAGCCUGGAGAGGAUUCUCAUAGGAGAGUUGCUUUCAACAGCAUCGGAUGAAGAUCUCGGGAAGCAGUGCCGAACCCCACCUCAACAGAAAUCCCCAACGACAGCCCGGAGAUUGAGUAUCACUUCUCUCACCGGGAAAAAUACAAAACCCAAUGCAGGACAGAUCCAGGAGGGGAUUGGGGAGGCUGUGAACAAUAUUGUGAAGCAUUUCCACAAACCUGAAAAAGAGAGGGGAAGCCUCACUGUUCUCUUGUGUGGAGAAAAUGGUCUGGUUGCAGCACUGGAGCAGGUCUUCCACCAUGGUUUCAAGUCUGCUCGUAUCUUCCAUAAGAAUGUCUUCAUCUGGGACUUCAUAGAAAAGGCAGUUGCCUACUUUGAGACCACCGACCAGCUUGGGGACAAUGAAGAGGAUGUUCUUCUUCAAAAAUCCUCCUGCAAAACAUUUUGCCACUAUGUAAAUGCCAUCAAUACGGCACCACGGAACAUAGGGAAGGACGGCAAAUUCCAAAUUCUUGUUUGCCUUGGAACUCGGGAUCACUUCAUCCCACAGUGGAUUCCCUUACUGGCGGAGUGCCCAGCCAUCACUCGGAUGUACGAAGAGAACGCUCUCCUGCGUGACCGCAUGAUGGUGAAUUCUCUCAUCAGAGUCCUACAGACAUUGCAGGACUUCAGCAUUGUCUUGGAAGGGUCACUCGUCAAAGGGGUGGAUGUGUAGUGUAUGGCUUUGCAGACGCGCUCUGCCUCUCUCUUCUCCCAGGCAAAUGUUGAAUUUGGGAGAGGAUGGAUCUGUUAAAAUGCAAAUGCUGCUGGUAUUGCCCCACUGUGUGUUUCAAAAAACAGCUUGUUGAUAGGUGAGAGUAGGGGUUGUGGGCAGAUUCUUUGCUUGUGUAGUUUCCUUACUGGUCUGCCCCAAAGCCGCAAACAAGCUACGCUGCAGUAUUGUAGUUUUCAAACCAGAGGUUUAGUAUAAAAUAGAGUAUUUUCGUGUGUUCAAUGUGUGUAAAUAGGCUACCUUACUUCAGAAAUAUUACCAAUAUGGAACUUUUCUUAGAAUCAGUGUUUUUGGGGUUGGGGGAGGGAAGGAAAUGUAGCCUAAAACAACUUUAUAGGGUUGGGUGAAGGAGGGAAGCAUCUCUUGCAAGUAUGGGAAAAAGCCACUCCAUCUGUAAAUAUUGUACAAACGUAGCGCGGGGGGCUUUUUUGCAUAUUGCAGAGGAACAACUGAAGACUCUCUGGGGUAGCCACUGCUGUAUUCUUCUUGUGAAUGUAUAUUGUUUGCUCUGUUCCCUGUAUGUGUCGGGGGGUCUCGUUAUUCCGUUUAGAUCCAAACCUUUGUUUGUGUGCAUCCAAUAAGCUGUGAAUCAUAGGAUUCUGGAUCCCCUCCCUGACUUUUGUCAGUCAGUGCAAGUGGUGCAAAGGAAAGUCUUCACACUGGACAUGAGAAGUUCUUGUGCUUUGAACAGGGAUCCACUGGAUUACAAAAAGAGGAGAAAAGCUGUACUAGAGCGUUGAGUGGUUAACUGGCCUUUCAACUCUCCCUCUCUCUCUCUCUCUCUCUCUCUCUCCCUCGCUCCCUCGCUCCCUCUCUCCCUCUCUCCCUCUCUCCUUUCCCCUCACUCCCCAUUUGGAGUUUGGAGUUCUGUUGCAACACCUGCUUCAGGAGACAUUUGAAAGGGGAGAGGAAGGCAAUCUCUUAUCACAAACAUUUUCUGCAUGAUUGUUUUGGAAGGUUUAAAAUGUCAGCAGCCUCCCUGCCCUGCAACUGUCUUACUCCAAUGGGAGGCUGCUUAUAACCUUUUAAUGCUACAACUCUUCCCAUGUAAACAGAAAGGGUCCAUGUAUAGCAAGGUUCUCUAGGCAAGACGACCAGGAUGUGUGGAGUAGCCAUGUAGAAAUAACCUCCCAUGCAGUUAGGUAAAGGCUCCCCUAAGGGAUGAUGCUUACAUUGCCUUAGUGGUCCAGUAGCUACUUCAGCAUUUCUCCUUUCCAUGGCACUCGGGUAACAGAGGAAGCCAGUAGGUGCAUGGGAGGGCUUGGCAAUGGUACCAGCGUAGCCCUACCUGGGAGCAAUGGUGGCACAGGGAAGUAGCUGCAUGUCGGCUCCUCCUGUGUGAACUCAGCAUUGCUGUGAUGCCACAGUGGCAUGUGAAAGCAUCCCACUGGAACAGCGGUUUGUGCACCUCGUAAUGUAAGGCACCCCUUGGUUUUGUGCAGAGGCAACAGAUACCCAAAUCUAGAGGCUAUCCUGACAAGUGGAUAGAUGCAAUAUUUUGAGAAGCAAAACAAGUUGCUUUAAGCAGACCAAUUUAAGUAAUAUUCUGCAAAAGUUAGUACUGGAUAGUGAGGCAGCACAGAUAGCAGAUGUAUCAUAUAAUAUUCUAUUCCCCCACCCUCAACUGAGAGAGUCCAAGAGAGAGGGCCCCUUAAGACUGAAGCAGGUGGAAAACCCAGAAAGCAAAAUACACUGUAUUUGGGAAAGAAACCAGCCAGGAGAAUAGUGCGCAAAGCCUCUAUUCAUUUCAUUAAACAGAUUAUAUUCCUAAGUAGUACGCUGACAGGGAAUUCUCUUAGGGCGUGAUAUUAAGGGUGAGACAGUAUGUUCAGUGACAAACACAGGGCUUCCAAGGCUGGGGUUUGCCAUCAGUGUGCAAAGUGGCAGAGGGAGAGGGGCAUUUGCAAGGGAGAAAUGGCAGAGAGUUGCUUCUAUUAGAAACUUGCAUCCUGCACACAAGUCGAGGAAAAAUGGCAGGGAAGGGAUUUGUGGGAGAACAUGGUGGAUGGAAGAACUGCUGCCAAUUUGUACUUCAGCAGCAGCCCUGACUUUCAGAACCCUGUAUUUUGAUGUGCAAUGUGUCUUUCCACCCUUUUUCUGGCAAUGAUACCUGGGACCUCCAAAGGCCCUUCACCUGUGAAUUUGUUAUCCAAAAAAAGAGCAGAAAGCUGGGAAUGUUAACCAUAAACCGUAAGAAGAUUCUGAGCCAACAAGUGGCUUGCACGCAUCAAGAUAUUUCACCAAUACCUCUGCUCCCUUGAAAAGUUAGGUGGUACCUUUGGCCACAACAUUUGCUGAAAUAGCACAUGAAUCCCAAUGCAUGAAAUUUGCCCUGGCAACAUAACUAUGAAACAUGAAUGCAUUUGAAAAUAUUCACCAAAAUUUCAGAGCACAUAUUUGGGGGUGGGGAGAAAUUUCCAGAUAAUCCUCAAGCAAAACCAGCUUCCUUUUUACCCUAACCAUGUAUUUACCUCACUAAGUAACCCCAGUCCGAUGUUGAUGGAAGACAUGUUCCUGCAAUCUCGGACAUGAUUUUAAAUAUUUCCAGAGCUAACUGUUUUGUGGAGUAACAUGCAACCCCAUUAAAAACUGGAGAAGUUAUUUGAUCUUUCAUUCCUUUUCAUUUACUCUGCUCUAGUUAGAAGAGAAAUGGUUAUUGCAUUGGAAAUCCAAGUAUGUACAGUUACUAGAUAUAUUUGAUCCUUCCUCGUUUUCCUGUAAUUUCCAGAUAGCCAAUACAAUUUGGCCUUCACUCCCGUUUUUCUCAAGAAACAAAUGGUGGAUUGUUUGUAGUUUUAUCUAUAUUUUGCCUGUUGAUAUUUCUGAAAAAUUCCUUUGUACUAGAGCUAAGAAGACUGAGCUAAGAAAAAUGAGGAUCUGGUACAGAACCGAACAGGAGAAUAAAGGAAUUGUCCAGAUAUCAGUGCGCUUUGCUUUUACAUGUCUCAAAACUGGCCCCAGUCAUGGAUGAAGUCCCACGUCUUGUUUUACUAAAUGACAGUAAAUAAAAAGCAAUAUGUUACUUGGAUGGCUGCAUUCAUUCCAGAAGAAUCUGAGUCAAAUUGGAGACCUGGAUUCCUUAACUGACUACCAUCUUGCAUCUACUGGUUUUCUGUACUAUCCCCUUUCUGCUUUGACAUUCAUUUCAUGACAUGGGGAAAAUAACCAUUGAUGCAGAUAAAGAGGGACACCCGAUAAAAGGUUUUUUGCCUGAAAUUCACAGCGGGUCUCUAUCCACCUCUAGCAUGUGGUUCUGGACGUCUUGCUUCACAAUAUAAUUUCUUUCUGUAAAGCAUUUCAUUGGAACUGGUGUGAAAGGGACUCUCUGGGUGUCAAGUUUCCUUUUAGGCAAUAAAGCACUGUAUAAAUGUGUAGUAUUAUAACAACCUUAAGGUAUUUCUGAAGCAUGAGAUUGAUCUCUGGUAGAUUAAUUCUAUUUGACAUCUUCAGGAGUGCAGUUCUUCCGUUACAUUUGUUUUAUUCCUGUUGUGUGCAACUUUUUUGUUUAAGAAACAAUUUUGAUCACUUGAAACAGGUUCCCCACCCCUGUUGCAGUUUUAAGAAACUGUUCCAGUUUCUUUAAAAGAGUGAGGAAGACUUUAGUAGUCGUGGUUCUCUGGAAUUUAAUGUACCUUUUGAACAUCAGUAUUAAUGAGCUUUUGUUGAUUUUGAGAAACCCAACUUUUUAAGGCAACUAAGGCUUUCUGGUAACUUAUCAAGAAAAAAUUCUGUGUUGAAGAAUAGCAGCUCUCAAAGCACUGUAUGUUCUUUAUAGCAUUGCUAAGCUAACAUAGUAAGAACAUUUGAAGCUAUGAAGUAGAAUUGCAAAGUAGAUCAAUAAUGUAACACAGUUUAUGGGUCUUUGAGGCAAACCAGAAUGUGGUUGUCUCAGAGCAGAGGAAACCCCACCACUUCAUCUUUCUAAUUAACACUUUAGCAGCCCAUUUACUUGGAGGUAAAUGCCAUUAUUUUUUUAACUGGGAUUGAUCUCUGAGUAAAGAUGUUUGGGAUGGGGCUGUUAGCUGCUUUUUCUGUUUAGAGCAAGUUUUAAGAGGUGGUGCAGUGUCAUAAUUAACAUUGAUUUUCCUCUUCCCAAUCAAGUGAAGGUGCAUUUCUCAUAAGGAGACGUCGUAUAUUACACUUGAAAUGUAUAAAUAUACCUGACAGAGUUUAUUGAAGAACUUCUUCUGCCCCCCACCCUUAAAUAUCUUCAGAAUAUGUUGCUGUUUUAUCUUCACGUUAUUCAUAAAUUAAUCAGGACUGGAUAAUGUUCAGGAAGUGAAUAUCAGUAAAAGUAUUGUUAUUUCAAGCACUUUAGCAUACAUAUCACAAACUGACGUGGGUGUUUUUUUCCAGGGUUUGGAUUACUAUUAAAUGCAGCUUUUCAUGCAAUGGUAUUUACAAAUAAAACUGAGAACAACAA